AAAUAAACAAUUGAUCUUCCAAUCCAAUUGAAGAAACGAAAGCCGGAGCCGCCAGCAGAAAAUAAAUGGGUCGUGGAAGAAUACCUAUGGAACUCAUUAAGGAGGAGAAAGCCUGUGAAAAAACAUUUCACAAGAGAAAAAAGGGGUUAUUGAAGAAAGCUUAUGAGUUUUCCACCCUUUGUGCAGUUGAUGUUGGCGUUAUUAUCUAUGCUCCCAAAUAUCUUAAUGAACCUGAAACAUGGCCCCAAGACCAAGACUCAAGAGAGGUAAAACGUGUCAUUCAAAAAUAUCAUAACACCACUAGUGAUAGGCAUCCUAAGGUGUAUGAUGUGCAAGAGUAUUUUAACGAUAGAAUGAAAAAGAUUGAAAGUGAGAUUUCCAAAGUGCACAAAGAGGAGAUAAAGCUCAUGUACCCAACUUGGAAUGAGUCUUACAAUACUCUUGGAGAGAAACAAUUGAGGAUGUUUGUUGGUAUUCUGGAUGCCAAACUUGAUGCUUGUAAUCAAAGGAUGAAUAUGUUAAAGCAAGAUUCAAAGGGAAAAGGAAUAGCAAAAUCGGACAAAAUUGAGACGCUUACUCCCUACAUGGCCUCAAAUUUAGGUAGUCACCUAAAUUUCAUGUCUCAAACACAACUUUUCACUCCUAGUGAUAACAAUCAAGUAGCAUUUUACCCAUUUCAGCUUAGCCAAAGUUCUCAACCUUCUACGUUUCAUGGUGGUCAAAGUUGUGUGCAAUUGAUGGAGAAAAAUGCAAUGGUGGAUUGGGCUAAUCAAGUUGGUGUUGGUGCUAAUUGUGAUCCCAAAAUGGGUGUACUAAAGGAGGAUCAAUCUAACAAAACUCAAAACUCCUCACCAUGCUACUACAAUGGAAAUAUGCAAACAACACAGUCAUAUAUGCAAACUCUUCAUUCUCUAUUGCAGUACGAUGCAACUUUUCAGAUCCUAUCAAAUCAACUAGGACAACCACCAGGGUUUGAACAUAACAGUUUUUACGAUUCAAAUAUGUUUCAAUCUCAAUUUUUUAACUACAUGCAUGGAAAGAAGUAGGUCCCAUUACUUAAAGAUAUAUGCUUUUUGUUGGAUUGUUAGUUAAGGUUUUUAAUUUUCUUCAGUUUCCAAGCAUUGCUUAUGCUUUAAAGAGUUGUUGAAUUUAUUUUAUUGGUUGGAUUUGAACAUUUUACAUAAUGGUCACCAGAACUUAACAAAUGACUAUGUAGCAUUUGUAUGUUAAUGGUGUGUGUUCAACAUGUGUUGCACACUGACACGUGUAAUGACACUGAUA